GGCAAGGCUGGGCCCAACUAGAGGUGCAGAUGCUCUGCGCCCGGGCCCACUAGUUUAUAUUUAAAUGACUUGUUCACAGACAAGUCUAAGGGCUGCAAAAUUUUGGUCAACCCACCAGGAAUCAUAGCUAGCGUAGCUGAUAACCUUUUUGCAUUCACUUCUCACUGAAUCCAGUAAGUAUGCACGCAUUGAGUUCAUUAUUAAAAUGUCACAUGGUUGGAAAAAAGCCCAUUUUCUUUUCUGCCAAAUUUCAUUAAGCCAUUCUAAAAUGAUGACUUCACACAUCCACCCUUUCUCAUUAGCAUGAAUAACAAUUUUUCCAAGGUAUGGGGAGGGCAUCCAUCACGUGAUGGGUUGUAAAGCUCUGCAUGCUCUGAGACAGGGCCAAUCAAAAUCAUUCAUGUCCUCCAUCCCUACUGCGCCGCCCUAUUGAACCCAGUUCUGGUCCUGUCUCGCUCCGAAGACGGUACUGUGAUUCCCUUGUGGAGAGAUCUCAGCCAUACUAUUCUUUUCUUCUGUGUGCGAGGGGGGGAAAGGAGUUGCCACGUUUGUCGGUUUGCAUGUUGUUGUGAGGUUUUUUUUGGUUCAAUUACCUACCUGAUUGUACUGAUCCUCCGUUCCUCUCUCCCCCUCCCCCUCCUCCCCCUUUCGCUUCCUUCCAUGUCGUUUGCAUAUGUCCUGCCAUUCCAUUGGUCUUUUGUGUUAUUUUACACGCCUUUUCUCCCUUGUUUUGGAUCCUUUUUUGAAGAGGAUAUGGAAUUGGCACAUACCGGGGACAUGCUCAGAGGUUCCCUUUCGGAGGGCCCUCUUUCAGAUGCUCCUAAACACGCCCCGAUAGUUCACGAGGGAACUGGGGACGGAGUGAAUAAUGGAGUCCCGCUGCCUUCCAUUGCCCAGGAGGGAGAGAAAGUGCACAGCGCUUCUCCAAGUGCCUCCUCGGCACAAGUUGGGCAUUUUAAAGCCACUAAAAAGUCAAAACAUCUGAAAGGAACAGAUGGACUUAAGCUGAAGAGGCGAAAGAAAUCUAAGAAGGGCGCAGUUGGCUCGGCUCCGCUCAGUGAGCGACUCCAGAUUAGGGCUGUGAGAGAACAACAGCCAGUUUCGGCGCUGACAGAGCUUCCCGCUCAAAUCGCGGCCGCCAUUUUACAAACCCCCGGGUCGGUUGCCUCACCUCUGAGCGCUCCGCCAGUAACUGAACAAUGGGGGAUAGCCGGGGUUGAGACAUUCCAGAUGGAAAAGGUGCUGGGGGAGACUUUGGAAACACAGCACGCGCUGGUGAGUGACGCGAGGGGCGCUGAAUUCUCGGGCAUGACUGGCCCAAACGGGGAACAGCUUUCUGUGAAAGAGCUCCGCUGGCUAGGGGAGUUUGUUAAACAAACAAUGUAUGUCGGUAGUGUCCCCUUUGUUGGGUCAGCCUGCCUCUGUUGAAUCGGGUCCAAAGGGGUCCCUAACCGCGAAUGCAGCUCCAGCGCUACUAGUUCCCCCCCGUAGAGGGCAGCAACCCUCCUUCUCGUCAUCCCCGGACUUGAGCCUGGUUAGGCAGGUUAUUCCCUUGGGAGAACGUAUAAUCAUGAACAGGCAGUCCAAGAAACGGCGCCUUAAGAAUAAAUAUAUAACUGGAUUGUCUUCCUCAGAGGAGGAAAUGGCAGGGAAUAUCAAGAAAUCAGCCCUUAUUGAGAGCGGCCAAAUUCGUGAGAAGCCUUCUCAUCCACUUCUAGAGGUGGUUAGGGAUGUUCCCAUCUCUAGCACGCAGCAUAUACAUCAACCAUUGGGGCUAUAGUGGUUCCGACUAACACUAAAUCUCACCUCGUAUCUCCAAGGGACCCGGGUUCUAGUUCCUCAGAAUCAGAAAAAGAGGAGGGGGAACUAUCCGAUGAGCAAGCCCCUGCGGAAAAACCCACUUCCUCUAGGCUCUUUUCAACAACUGAAUUCGAAGUUUUGCUGGCUAAGGCAAAAAGAGCUAUUAAAGAUGUCUCCACUGAGACAGGCACUACACCGGUUACUGGAUUAGAUCAGGAGGUUUUUCCUUCUACAUCAGUGUCAUCUGCAACAGUUCCUUUUCCUGCUCUUUUUAAGGAGGUUAUGCUGGCAGAAUGGGGGGUUCCGGUGGCUUCUAAGCCCGCCUUGCAUUUUCCAAAGAAAUUAUAUGCUUUGCCUCCUGAGAUCAUGUCUAUGUUAGCAAUUCCAGUUGUAGAUGCGCCCGUGGCCCAAUUGGUGACUGGAGCCUUGGUGAAUAAGGAAGGCGAGGAAUUUCUGAAGUCUCCAGAGGAGAAAAAGACGGAUCACCUCUUAAGGAAAGGACAUGAGGCAUCAGCGACAGUUAUAAGAGCUGCUUCGACUAACUCCAUCUUCGUGAGGGCCACAAUUUUGUGGACUAAGGAGCUGGCGAAAUUGGUUCCCCCUGAAAAUACCAAGCUGCGACAAGGUUUGAAUAAAAUUGCCAGGGCAUCUGCCCUUAUGGCGGAUUCGAGUUUGGAUUGUUUACAACACGCAGCCAGGUCUAUGGCAGCGGGUGUAGAAGUACGUAGAGGUUUGUGGCUGAAGCACUGGCGAGUAGACUCAAAAUCAAAAUCUGCCUUGGCAGCCACCACAUUCAAGGGUGCAAAGCUAUUUGGGGAGUCUCUAGAACCAGUGCUAGUGGAGACUCGGGAUAAGAAAAAAGCAAUGCCGGUGGGGAGAGGGGACACGAGGAGGCCCUUUCGAGGAAGGGGUGGUUUUCAAGGUUACUUUCGUCCCUACAGGUCAUUCAACCGGGGCUACCCAUCGGCUUCUAGAGACGGGUUCAGAGAUCAAGAGUUCCGAGGGAACCAGUUCAGACAGCCAUGGCGCCAGGCGUGGAACAACAAGAAUAGAGUUACGUCGAUGAGACGAGUAUCCGAGUUGGCAGCUCUAUCAGUGCGGGAUGAGCUAUGUGUGUUCCAGAAGGAGGUGGUGGUGGUGAUGAAGUUGGAUCCCACCUUCCUACCAAAGUUGGGGACCAAAGUGUCAAAGGAGACUCUCGCUAGGUGGCUUCGAGCUACCAUUGCCCUGGCGUAUGAAUCCUUGCAUCUGCAGGUGCCACUUGGCAUCACUGCACAUUCGACCAGGAGUGCUUCUACAUCGGCUGCCUUCUCGGCGAGGGCACCAUUAGAAGAGAUUUGUAAAGCAGCUACUUGGUCGUCUACGUCUCCAUUUGUUAGACACUAUAAGAUCCCUUCCUUUCAUGAAACUCAGGCGGCCGUGGGUCGUACGAUUUUACAAAAGUUGGAGUCCUCCGGUUAUUAAGUUUUUUGUUACGCUCUACAUGACCAGAACUGGGUUCGAUAGGGCAGCGCAGUAGGGAUGGAGGACGUGAAUGAUUUUGAUUGGCCCUGUCUCGGAGCAUGCAGAGCUUGACAACCCAUCACGUGAUGGAUGCCCUCCCCAUACCAGAAAAAGAACCCUUCACGGUAAGUCUACCAAUGUUUCUAUCUGAAGGAAAAUUGCCUUGUGGGAUAGAUUUCCGUUUAAAAAUUAGCAUUGGCUUUAGUUUGUUGCCAUUUGUGGCGCAGGCUAAUAUGCACGUGAAAGAUGUCUCUCAUUUCCAGUUGUCAUGAUUAAUUGAUUGAUUAAGUGCCGUCAAGUCGGUGUCGACUCUUAGCGACCCCAUAGAUAGAUUAUCUCCAGGAUGAUCUGUCUUCAACUUGACCUUUUAAGGUCUCAGUGGUGCAUUCAUUGUCGUAAUCGAGUCCAUCCACCUUGCUUUUGGUCAUCCUUUUUCCUUCAACUUUUCCUCUUUCCUUUAACUUUCCUUCAAAAGAUUUCCUCUUUCCUUCAACGUUUCCCAGCAUUAUGGACUUCUCAAGGGAGCUGGGUUUUUGCAUAAUGUGUCCGAAGUAUGCUAGUUUGAGCCUGGUCAUUUGUGCCUCAAGUGAAAUUCUGGAUCGAUUUGUUCUGUGACCCAUUUGUUUGAUUUCCUGGCUGCCCAUGGCAUCCUCAAAUGUCUUCUCCAGCUCCAAAGUUCAAAAGCAUCAAUACUUUUUCUAUCUUGCUUCUUCAAAGUCUAGAUUUUGGAUCCAUAGAGUGUCACAGGAAAAACCAUUGUCCGAACGAUUCUAAUCUUUGUAGGUAUAGGCACGUCAUUGUAUCUAAAUAUCCUUUGCAAGGCCUUCAUUGCAACCCUACCAAGUGCUAGUCUGCGGUGUAUUUCUUGUCUGCUGGAUUCUUUAUGGUUGAUCCAUCUUUCUUAUUCUUUCUUUCUUUCUUUCUUUCUUUCUCUGUGUAAACCGCCCUGAGCCACUUUUGGAAGGGCGGGAUAGAAAUCGAAUAAAUAAAUAAAAUAAAAUAAUAAAUAAAAGGCAGAAGGUUGUCACUAUGGAAACUGAUUGUCCCACGAAUAGGACUGUGAAUGAAAAAGGAGAAAAAACAAACGUCAGUCGAACUUCAUCUAUAUUUAUUAUUUGUGAUUGCACAAUUUCCCCCCCACUCAAUAACAUUUCAAUAAACUUUAAAAACGCUGGCCCCCCCCACCAGUCCUCCAGCAGCUGCUGUCCCAUUAUUGCUUUAGUGCGUACAGAUAAAUUCUUUCACCUCAUAAAUCUAUAGUGCCAAAACGGGCUACCUUUAAAGUCAAUUAUUCCCAUUUGUCCUGCCAUUAAUUUUGCUUGUAGGUGGAUUUUCACAGUAGAGACUGUCAGUCCUUUUUCUCUCUGCUCUUUAAUCUACUAUUCUCCAAAUCAGGCCAGGCUGCACCACCACUUCUUCUUUUACGUUUUGAUCUCGCCAUACUUGCCGGGUCAUCUUUUUCUGAUUUCCACCUACAAAUGCAGUGUUCACCCGGAAAUUUCACGUAAAGGCUGCAUCGACGGAAGUACUUUUUUGGCUUGCCCUGAAUUCUCAUAUAAACACCGCAUUGGCAUAAAUGCCACAGGUGGCAAAAAACAACUUUUAAAAACAUACCUGCUGCGGCAUUUCUACCAAAAAUUACGGUACCACUUUUCAAUCAAAGUUCCCAAAGCAGUUUACAUAGAUAUAAAUAAAUAAAAUGGCUCCUUGUCCCCCAAAGGGCUCACAAUCUAAAAAAGAAAUAUAAGAAUAUAAUACAGUUAUCCCUGGGCAACCGUGGUUUUCUCAAUCUGGAUUUGAGUAUCUGUGACUGGGAAAUUGUGACUGGUCUUGCCAACAAUGACCUUAGUAUCUACAGUUUGGUGAGAAUUUUUGGAAAUUUGGGGGGUUUUAAUAGGAAUUUUGGGGGCCAAUUCCAGGGGCUGGGGGAGAUUUAUUUAUUUUUGGUCUUUUUGCAGCCGCAAUUCCCCUAACCCCCGGUUUGCCAUUUCUUUCCAUGGCUCUCCAACCGUGAGUUCACCAACCACGAGGUUUUCCAGGAACGGAACCCUCACGGUUGGUGAGGGAUUACUGAUUACUCGUUCUUAAUGAGUAUUUGCCUAUGGGGAUUUUAUAUAAGAGAUACAUAACCACCCUGUCUGUCUCAAUUAAUAAGAUAUAUCAGGUAAAGUGAGGCCUGAAACUGGACCAAUUUCAGAUAUUUGAUUCAAGUAUACAAGUAUUUGAUAUUUACAGUUCUUUUUCCAGGCAGAAUGCAGAAGCUAUUUUGUGGCUGCCUUACAAAACAGUUUUAGGCAAAUGAGUAAAUAUUUGACAAGAGAAAACUUACCAGAAGUGAUUUUUCAUUAGCAAAACAGAUUGACAGUGGAUAGUAUGUUAAGGGGUCAUAGACUGUUUUGUGAUCCAAGACAUCAGAAUAUAUUGGCUGACAUUCUGUGUAGUAAAACCUCAGAGUUAGCAAGCCACUAGGGCUGCUUCACACGUAGGAAGCAGCCCCAAGACUGUUGUGAAACUCAUUCAGUGUAUGGGCACUUGUGUUGUACUACUUUCAUUGUUUUCUGUGGAAGUAGUGCUGUGGAAGUGCCUGCAUGCUGUUUUAAGGAGUUUCACAACAGCCCUGGGGCUGCCUUCUGUGUGCACAGCAGCUCUGGCAUAAGGAUGUGCAGAAAGUUUCAGCUCAUUAUGGGCAGUUUCAAGUGUUUUGAGCUCAAAACAGAACACUUUAAAUAACGGGCCUGUUUCGAGUAGGUAUGUGCAUGGAACUAGCUGGCCUGGUUCGGUUCCAGUCCGAAUCGGACUUGAACCUGACCGGACCAGUUUGGUCUGGCACCCCCUUGCACCCCCCCCCCCCGGUUUGGUCCAAGGGGGGGGCGGGUUUGUGAAUUAUUUUUUUUGGACGUUAAUUUUUUUUUACCUCACUUCCUGCCAGGGACAGUCCUCGAGGUGGCAGGGGGGUGUCCAUGGAGUUUCCCCCUCCCCCCACCGGCCUCUGCGAUCACCCCCUCCAGCCAGUUCGGUGGGCCUCUGUAGAUC